AGUAUUAUUACCCACCAGCUAUGCUAGCUGUUGGUGGUGGCUCUCUCCUCACAGCGCGUGGUCAGAUAGAUAGAUGGAUAGAUGAUUUGAUAAUCUGACGUUGUACUUGAUAGCCCAACAUUCUUGAUUGUAAUCGCUCCCCUGAGGCUUUAUCAAAGUGUCAUUUUGAGUUUUAUUUAUUUUUAUUUUUUACCUUUAGGGUUUUUGAAAUUGGUUCUCGCGAUGGAAGGGAAACUGAUCCCUCUGCAAUUUAUUUUGCUUCUGAUCGCUUGCCUGAGCCUUCAUCUUUGCUCUUCAAAUACGGUCUAUAAUGGUCCGCUGGGUGUGCGCUUGCUUGCUUCUUCUGAGAAAGAUAACCGUACUGGAGGUGGAGGUGGAGCACCGUGCCCUUCUGGAUGGGUCAUUAGCCCAAGUAAGAUGAAGUGCUUCAGAUCCAUAGCAAGCUCUCAAUCGUGGGGGAAAUCAGAGACCCACUGCAAAGUUUAUAAUGGACACUUAGCAGCACUGACAUCAUUUCAAGAACUAAGCUUUGUUCAAAAGCUGUGUGGUGAAACUGCUAGUGAAUGCUGGGUUGGAGGGAAGGGUGUCAACUCUACAAUUGGCUUUGGUUGGAAAUGGUCUGACAAUACAUCAAAUUGGAACGAAUCUAUCAUUCCUGAGGCAUUCUCCAGUUGUCCCAAUUCGUCAUGCCACAUCGACAAUUCAAUUGAUUUGUGUACAUUGGUGAGUAAAGGAACCACACUGCUCCGGGCUGAGAGAUGCAACAUCCCUCAUGACUUCAUGUGCAUGCUCGAAAUAGAUAACAAAUGUUACCAUAUGCGCUGUCACAAGGAAUAUCUUAUUAUUCUUGCUGUUGUCAGUGGACUGAUUCUCUGCACCACAUUAGCUGUUGUGAUUUGGCUCCUUGUGUAUAGGCGGAGCAAGAGGCGCAGAAAAUCUCGUAAACUAUCUAAUCCUGCAGCAUCUGCAUUAGUUCCCCCAUCAUGGAAGGUCUUCACCAGUGAGGAACUGAGGUCGAUUACGAAGAAUUUCAGUGAAGGAAACCGUCUUCUUGGGGAUGCCAAAACAGGUAGCACAUAUAGUGGGCUGCUCCCUGAUGGAUCAAGGGUGGCAGUUAAAAGGUUGAAGAGGUCUAGUUUUCAGAGGAAAAAGGAAUUCCAUUCUGAGAUUGGAAGGGUUGCAAGACUUCACCAUCCUAAUUUGGUGGCCGUGAAAGGAUGCUGCUAUAAUCAUGGUGAUCGAUACAUUGUUUAUGAAUUUAUAGCAAAUGGGCCCUUGGAUAGAUGGCUGCACCACAUCCCCAGGGGAGGUAGGAGUUUGGAUUGGGCCAUGAGAAUGAAAGUUGCCACAACUCUUGCUCAAGGAAUAGCAUUCCUGCAUGACAAGGUGAAGCCGCAGGUUGUGCAUCGUGAUAUCCGUGCCAGUAAUGUACUGCUUGAUGAAGAGUUUGGUGCACAUUUAAUGGGGGUUGGUUUGUCAAAGUUUGUGCCAUGGGAAGUGAUGCACGAGAGGACAGUGAUCGCUGGUGGCACAUAUGGUUACCUUGCUCCAGAGUUUGUGUAUAGAAAUGAGCUCACGACAAAGAGUGAUGUUUACAGCUUUGGAGUGCUGCUGCUUGAAAUUGUUAGUGGGCGUAGGCCCGCGCAAGCUGUUGAUUCAGUGGGUUGGCAAAGUAUAUUUGAAUGGGCCACACCUCUGGUGCAGUCUCACCGCUAUCCCGAGCUCUUGGAUCCUCUCAUAUCUUCUUCUUCACCUCAAAUCCCCGAAGCUGGAGUCAUUCAAAAGGUAGUGGAUCUUGUAUAUUCUUGCACCCAACAUGUCCCAUCUAUGCGCCCCAGAAUGUCACAUGUUGUCCAUCAGCUGCAACAGUUGGUCUAGCCUCCUAUUGUGAAGUAAGUUCAGUAAAUCAUAUGAGCUCUAGGGCUUUCUAUUGCUAGACGAAAAAUGCUGUAUGGGGAUUUUUUCUACCCAGGUAAUUCAGGUCUGUCUUGAUGUUGUAAAAUCAUGAGAAACAGUUCUCGUGCUAACAUAGUUACAUUGCUGGUAUAGUUGUAGAAGACGGGCUUGUUGGUGACUGGAAUGGGACGCUUCUCUAAAGCACUUUCAUUGCUAAUGUAGUAGUUGUUUGCUUAUAGAAUAUUUUUUGUAAUCUUUUUUUCUUUUUUCGACGAAACAAUCACAUGAGUGUAUGCAGUUAGCAGGCUUGUUUCAAUUUCUGUUGGUGGGACAUGCUUCUUCACCAGCCACAUUCAUUUUCCAUUCCAAGUUCUCGAGUGGUGAACCUUAUUGUCAGCUGGGGAACUGUGGAAACUGCAGAAAAUAUGGUAUGAGGCAAAAGAAGCUCAGGCAAAAAUUAAUCUCACUUGUGUAGGUUGAAUUUUGCAUAGACCAGAGAUGUUGAAAUGGCUUUGAUAUAUAUAGUGGCUGGUGGACCAGAGAUGUUCAAUUGCGAUCUCGCUGGGUAGGAUCGUAAUGUGUUGUGUUUUAACUGCUUCUAGUAUAUAAAAUGGUAUUGCUGGUACUGACAAUUUUUGUAUGUUAACCUAGCUGUUGAGAGCGGGUAUGCAGUGAACCUCCUUGAGUUGA